AAAAAAAAAAAAAAAAAAAUGAUUUCGGAGGAGAGAAGCAGCCACGUAAAUAAACAAGCCCUAAACUUCCCCGUGGGUUUACUGAUCCGCUCUCCAAAGAAGCGACUGGCUAAACUGGGGAGGAAACCCAGCAAUGGAUCUGUCCAGUCCAAUAACUCAGACAUCACCGUCCGCUCCACAGAGAGUGUCGGUGUCCGGCAGCCGGCCAAAAGCAAAAUCCGCCGCCACAACAACAGGCUUUCAACUGUCUUUAACCACAGCCCAAACAGUGGACGCCGCAGCCAGGCGCUGGGCAGCGGGUGCCUGGCUGCUGACCCCCAGGCUGCAGACGACCCGGCAGAGCUGUCCAGUCAAAUGUCUGUCCCUGGCAUCCUGAAGAUUUUUGGCAGCGACAUCUGUCAGGGGACCAACUAUAAGAGCGUGCUGGCCACCACACAGUCCAAUGCAAAGGAGCUGGUGAAGGAGGCCUUGGAGAGGUACUGCCUGGAGAAAGAAGACGCCAACGACUACGUUCUCUGCGAUGUGAUCGGUAAGACGGGUGCAGACAACCAGUGGAAGAGGGAGUGUUUCCGGGUGGUGGGAGACAACGAGAAGCCCCUCAUGCUGCAGUCACUUUGGAAACCCAAAGAAGGCUUCUCCAGGCGUUUUGAAAUCCAGCUGAGAGCGAGCGUUGAAGAGCAAAGCUUAAAGGACAGAGACACAGUCACAGCAGGCAUCAAUGCUCAGGCUCGUAAGCUUCAGAAGAGCCGCUCCCGAGUGACCUCGCUGUUUGUGGACGGCAGCGGGGAGGAUGUGGAUGGACUCAGCAUCUGGAGGAGUCUGAGUGAGAUGGAUCUGUCUGCAAUGGGGAAGGAGGCCAACCGGGCCCAACAGAGCGCGCUCAGAGAGGAUCCAGAGGCCGAGGCUGACAAGGAGGUCCUGCGACUGGGCAUGGAGAAGGAGGAGACGGAGAGCAGCGACGACAACACCACCCAGUACUCCAUCCACCCACCCUUUGACUUCCCGUACUUCCUGCUUCUGCAGGGCUACAGCCACAGACAGGAUUUUGUCAUCUACCUGAUGAGUGGGACCACCACCAUCUUUGGCUGCUGCAGGGAGCACUGUAACGGAGAAGACGAGGAGAGGUUAAAGGUGGACAUCCUUCUCUUUGCUCCGGAUGUGUUGCCUCAACACUGCUGUGUCAGACGCCUGGACUCCUCCACAGGGGAGCACAGAAAGACCUUGACAAUGCUGAAGCCCCUUCACGGUGCUCCUGUGACCAGAAAUGGUUUCCUUCUUAAAGAGGAGGUGGAACUGAACCCAGGGGACUUGGUGGGCUUGGGAAAACACUACCUGUUCAUGUUUAAGGAUCCUACCAGCGCAUCAGGAUCCCUCCAGACCCCUCCGUGGAUGACCACACUCUGCCCGAACUCGGAUACAAAGACAUCAUCCUCUUGUAUAUCAUGUGGCUCCUCUGUUACCAUCAAAAAGCUCAAGAGGAAGCCUUUACCACCUCUUUGGAGGGACCUGGAGGGCACAGAGGCCUUGGUAAUAUAUGAGCUGGAGCAGGAGGAGAGGGUCCUGCAGGAGGUUUUGGAUAUGUUGGACCCCAGUGGAAGUGAACCAAAGCUGACGCCUGCUUUCCUGCUGAGCCUCUGCAUUCAGCACUCAGCCGCCACGUUCGAGCUGACACACUUCAGACAGCUGCUGCUCCGGAUAGCCAGCCGGAUCCAGCUCGUUAUGUGGGAGAAGACAAAAGAACUUGCAGCCAUCCAAACAGAAAUGAGCUCCAGUGACGGGCAGCCCGAGCAUGUUCAGUUGCUCAGCAUGGAGGAGCUGAUCCCAGGUCUGCAGCCUCUGGUGCUGUGGAUGGCCAACUCCAUCGAACUGCUGCACUUCAUCCAGCAUGAAGUCCCUCAGCUGCUGCCCUGGAGGCAGGGCCAGGAGGAUGAAGGUCUGUUGGACUCUGAGAUGUCCGCCACUCGCACAGCCUGUGAGGAAGCCAUGACAGUCCUGGAGGAAGUCAUCAUGUUCACCUUCCAGCAGUCUGUCUACUAUCUAACAAAGAGUAUGUAUUCAGUCUUGCCUGGUCUACUGGAUGGGAACCCGUUCUCAGAGGGCGGUCAGCUGCGAGUGCCUGAUGGACUCGACGGCAUCCUGGAGGUGCUGAAGGAAGCGCUGAAGCUUCUCACAGCCUUCCAGGUCCAUCCAGACAUCUCGUUACAACUCUGUGCCUACCUGUUCUUCUUCAUCAACGCAUCGCUGUUCAACGCCCUCAUGGAGAGAGGAUCUGUUGCUGGGUUUUACCAGUGGUCCCGAGGUGUUCAGAUCCGGGCCAACCUGGACCUGCUGAUGGACUGGAUCCAGAGCAUCGGUCUGGGCGAUCUGGCCAGCGAGUUCUUCCAGAAGCUUUCUGCUGCUGUCAAUCUGCUGGCCACACCCAAAGAAACCCUCCUGCAGGCGUCCUGGGCUUCUCUCAGGACUGAAUUUGCUGCCCUGAACGCUGCUCAGCUUCACCACAUGCUGAGGGAGUACAGCUCUGGUAAAGCCUGUCCCACCGGAUGGACCCCGUCCCCUAAUGAUGCAGAGGACACUAUUAGGACGGCCGACAUCCUGGAGAGCUUUGACAACCACCCACCGCUCAUCCUGCCCAGCAGCACCUUUCACCUGGAGCUGGAUAAACCCGUCGUGGAGCCCGCCCUGUUCCAGCAGCUCGGUCAUCUGCAGGAGUUCAUACGCCGACUCCCCCGCAGUGAAACCCAAGCCGAGCCCGAUGCGGAGGAACAGACUCUUAAUGGGAUGCCCACAGACAGGCAGUCUCUGACCUCACCCUCCGUCAAUGUCUUCCAGGACCCUGCCCAUCAGGGGGUCUCUGACCCGGUUACCUGCCCCUCCCCUGAGGCAGACCGGGACCGUAGCCACCCUGCAGAGCCGCCUCAGGCCAGAGGAUCUCAUGGUGACCUGAGCAGCUGUGAGGCAGUCCUGACCCAGAAGCUGAAGAGCCUGGAGCUGCAGAACACCCUCCCAGGUCAGGCCGACAUGACUUACCACAAGAGCCUGGCACUGGACCCGUCCUGCCUGCUGACGCCGCCCAACACCCCGCAGGGUAUGGAGUUGGCUGAGCUGGAGGCGGAUUUGCAGGAGGGCGCCCGCCAGCAAAAGAAAGCCAGUGGAUGUGCUGAGAGGAAGACAGAGAAUGUAGAAGAAAAAGAAGAAGACAGGGAGGAAGUGUUUACGGUGGAGCUUCACAGAGGACCUCACGGUCUCGGCCUGGCGCUCGUGGACGGGACGAAAACGCCGCUGAGAAUAAGCGGCAUUUAUGUGAAGUCCGUGGUUCCCGACUCACCUGCCGCUCAGUGUCAGAAACUGAGAACUGGCGAUCGCAUCCUGGCUGUUAACGGCGUCAGUGUAGUCGGUAUGGAGUAUAACAUUGGUAGAGAACUGAUCCGAUCAUCAGGAGACUCUCUCAGACUGCUGGUGGCCAAAAUCGACUCAAAGACGGGCAACAGGAGCUCGGCUACGACUAAAUGCUGAAGGAAGAGCUGUGUGUGGACGAUCAAGUGCAAUUGGGAAUACUGUGGGACGUUUGGUUCUUCUUACCUGCUGCAUCCAAAGUCAGUAUAUCUCACAGGAUUAAGGAGAAACACAACCUGCUUCUGUUUUCAGUGCGUCGAGACAAUCAACCCAAAGCAGCAGGACUGACUCGAGACUGAGGGCAUGGUCAAGUUUUUAAAAGCUCAUUUUGCUGUCACAGCUCCUUUCUGCGUCGGGCUCGACUCCACACUCAUAAACCAUGAGGCUUUGGCGGUGAGGAAAGUAGCAGUUGUGAAACAUCUAUUUGAAUGUCUGAGUAUACAGUAUUCUGUCUGAAGAGCUUCAUCGAGCUGCUCCAGGAUCAAGAUUCAUGUCUGGCAACAACUGGAAUUAUUCAUUUUUAAAUUAUUAUUAUUUUGUUAUUUUAUAACAGUGAAACCGUUUAUUUUACAAUGAAAGAACCUCCAUUUUACCCCCUUUUGUUAGAAAGUCUUUACUCACUUCAAUUUCUUUACACAAGUAAAAUAUCUGUCAUUGGGCAUCAUAUGUGGACAAUAUAUAUUUGUUAAUAUUCUGUCUUUUGAAUAUAUUUCUAGAAAUUUCAAAACAAGGAAAACCAUAUCGAGAUCAAGAGGAAUUAUCUCAACUUACUGGGAGAUUUUUGUUGUUGUUUUUUAGGAAAAAACAAGUCGGAAAAUAUGAUUUUCUCUCUUGCAUUUCAGCAGUUGUUCAUUUUCAUUGUGGCCUUCAGAGCUUCGCAGACAUCUUUCCACUGUGAAAGCUCAACUUUUAUAUGGCAUGAAAGUAUUGAUCUGUUACAGCAGCAGGCAAAGUGAUGGGUAACACUAAAUGUCCAGGAUUAAACAACAAGAAUCAUUAGACAGUCAGGUAAAAACCUUUAACCUGCAAUAUUUUAUGUAUUUAAACAAACUGGAGGGUUACAAGUUCCUUUUUAAAGCUGCUGUAAUCAAUUUCUUUUUUUUUAUCAGUGAAACAUGAUAAAACAUAAUUUAUUUUAACAUUGAAUCACAUGACUCAUGCUGCAUUCACACUGACUGCAUUUUUGGCGGCGCGAUUAUAUACAAAGUCAAUACAAAGACACAAAUAGAUGGUGCGAUGCGGAUGACACGAACCGCCUAAAAUGCAUCCUUCGCUUAGUCACGUCCUUCGCGUGUUCGCAGGAGAUGAAGUAUUAGAACUCGAGCGAGACAGUUGCGGGACGCUGUGUUGGCAAAAGCCUAUCGGUUUUUAGACGUUGAAUCAGAAAUGGAAGAACAAAUUACUGUAGCUGUGUGUGGGCAUCCGGAGCUCUAUAGUACCCUAUUGUUUACAGAGACUAGAAAAAGGAGCUUUCUCUGGGAAAAGUAAGUGGGGAAGUUGGACUGCCUGGUUCCAAAAUGAUGUGUAUGUUGUUGUGUUGAUGCAGCAAUGUUAGCGAAGCCCUGAUUGAUCCAAACUUUAUUUAGAAAACAAGCAUUUUAAAUGUUUGCUUGUCGUCUUGCGGACAGACCUGACAAAGUAUGAAUCCAGACUUUUUACAAAUCGGCAUCAUUGUUGUUACAGUAUUUUGGCAUACUUUUGAACCGUUUAUUGCAAUUUACCAAACGGCAAAAUCCAUAUCUCAAGUAGCCUAGCGUUGAAAACGGCUGUCAUGCACAUGUAACGUUUAAUUCCUGUAGAAGGCAGAGAGAUUCACAAGUAAUGCAAUUAAACACAAAUUAAUCUAAUAUGAUCCUGCCAUCAAACUUAAAGCGACACGAAUAUACAGAGAAAUAGCUGUAAAAAGCCACUGUACACGAACCUGCUUAGCAGCAAACAUCAGACAGACACAGUUAGAUACUAGCUGGUGAACAGAGUGGAGCAUUUAGCAGCUAAAGAGACAUUAUAAAGAGAUAUUUCCCUCAGGAGUUGGUAGAGACCAAAAUCUGAGCUAAAAAAAGAGAGAAAUUUGGACUUCCAUCCAUCAGGUGGACAGAGGUGUUUCCAGGCUUUAUGCUUAGCUUCAUACUUACCCUAAAGACAUGAAAGUGGUAUCAAUCUUCUCAUCUAACUGUCAAUGUUAUUCCUUUAAAGCCUUACUGUUGGAGGUUUGGGCCCAAAUCAUAAAACAUCUCAGUUACUCAUCUGAGAUCAGCUUAUAUGAAAAAAAAAAUACAUCAGCAGAUAUGUUGUAAUAUGUUUAACACUGUAAAACAACAAACUGCUGCAGCCCUCAUCUGAAGUCUGUCCGUAAGAAGUAAAGUUCAAGUAUAUUGAUAAACAGUAUUAUUCACAGUAUUUUGUAAUAUUUAUAUUGCGCAGUAUUUUUGAAACUAUGUAAUAAAUAUUAUUUUGACUUUGAAAA